AUGAUUGUUGCCCAGAUGGAGUCCACUGUUACGAGCACGGCCGUAAUUACUAUCACCAAUGAUCUAGGCGGCUAUCUGCAAAGCUCAUGGAUGCUUACAGCAUACUGGCUGACUUCUGGCGGCAUUAUCAUGUUUCGAUGGCUUCAGGGAAUUGGAGGCUGCGGCAUCCUCGCCCUUAGCCAACUAGUUUUCGUCGAACUUGUACCGCCUGCAAAGUAUCCUAAGUACAUCGGCAUUGUUUCGAUCGCAAUGACAGCACCUCUCGUACUCGGACCACUUGUAGGAGGUGGCGUUUCGUUAUCUGGAGAUUGGAGAUGGAUAUUCCUGAUAAAUGUCCCCGUGGGUGUGAUUGUAAUGCUUAUCGUGCUUAUCGUCUUCCCACAGCGCUUAAGGCGGGAACCAAAGAACCAACGCGGACCAUUUUCGAUCCAUUUUCUUCGAAGAAUCGAUUUUCUGGGGUGCAUGCUCCUACUUGGAACGUGCUUGCUCUUGACAACAGGGCUGCAGCAAGCUGCACGAGGCUACGAUUUUGACUCGGCCUUUGUGCUACCGCUGCUUAUCUGCUCCUGUCCUUUCUUCAUUGCUUUCCUCGUGUCGCAAUGGUUCAUCACAACACGUCGGAGUACUCCUGAGCCAGUAUUGCCAUGGCGCUUCUUUCAGAGUCGCAUCUGUGCUGCCGUUAUACUAAUCACACUGUUGAACGGGGGGGUCCUAUCGAUAUGCGUCGUUCAAAUACCUCAACGUUUCAUGACAGUCAACGGCACGUCACCGUUUGCAGCUGCAGCAAAGUUGCUGGCCUUUGGUGCGUUCGUCAUCUUUGGCACAAUUAUUGCAGUGCCUGCAAUGGACCGACCACAUGUACAGCCAUCUCUCAUCAUGGCCGCUGGCGUCUGCCUUGAAAUUAUUGGCACCACCGUGCUCUCUCAGGCCUCAAGCGACUAUCGCAUUAGGGGAGCGCAGUAUGGUUGCCAGGCUCUCAUUGGAACGGGCAUUGGCUUCAUUGUCUCUGCAGUCAUGAUGCUUAUCAAAAGCAAUUUCGAAGAGCGUGACUUUGCCGUUGCUACAGCAGCCCAGUCACAGUUCCGCACUCUCGGAGGCUUGAUCGGAGUAUCUAUUGGUACCACGAUUACGAAUAGGUCUUUGGAGCCAAAAAUCCGCUCGAUUCUCCCUCCGCCAAUGGCUGCACUUCUGUUGGAAAGAACAGAAGCCUUAAGCAUGCUUUCUGGCGAUGCCCUAGCCCGUGUUCGCGUUGCCUUCGGCACCUCGUACAACAAACAGAUGUAUCUAGCGAUCGGCCUUGCAGCUGCAUGCUUGCCUAUUGCAGCAAUGGCAUGGAUAACGACACCGACUGCAAUGACACCCCGGACCUCUGAUGACGCAGAGAAGUCAGCUAUCAUAGAUUCACUUGUCGCCGAGCAAUCACCACCAGCUGCUGAGACUGAUCGCUGAGCAUCCAAGACAUGAUACAUUGUUGGGAUUUGAUACGAGUCUCAAACUAAUCUUAAAGGAAAAGAUUGUUUACCAAGGUCAUGGACCGGAUAGCUAGCUUCCUUGUUUG